AAUAACAAAAAUAUCUUAUAACAAAAAAAAAAUGAAAAUGAAAAAUUAUUUAUUGGCAUUGAGCACUUGAUUAUUGAGAUCUGAAACUAGAUCUCGCAGAAAUGAAGUUCUUCUGAGUUUCAUUUCUAUAAACCCUAAUUUCUUUCUGUUUCAGGAAGUGAGAGUACAAAGAUGGCGGGUGGGAGGUUUUGUAAGGAUGAAGAAGACAAAGCUAUGUUGGAGUCUGUAUUGGGAACUGAUGCUGUUGGGUUUUUUAGUACAGCGGUUUCUAAACAUGUUUUUUCCGAUGUUAUUGUUCCGCCUAAUAUGGAUACGGGUAUUCAUCAAAGGCUGUGUCAUAUUGUUAAGGGUUCCAGGUGGAAUUAUGUGAUUUUGUGGCAGGUUGCGGGUUUGAAAUCGGGUGGGUAUGUGUUGAAAUAUGGGGAGGGACAUUGUCAGGAUCCGGUUGGGGGUCCGAGGAGUGAGCAGGAAAGGGAGAGAGAUGAGGUUAGGAGGAGGGUGUUGGGGAAGAUUCAUGCUUCCUGGGGUGGAUCGAACUCGAUUGAGAAUGUUUAUAAGAAAUUGGAUGAAGUUUCGGAUUUGUAUAUGCUUUACUUGACUUCGGUUUAUUAUGUGUUUGGUUUUAAUUCUCAGUAUGGUCCUGGGAGUUCUUUUAAGUGUAGUAAGCCGACUUGGUCUUCGGAUGCGGGUAGUUGUUUGAAGCAGUAUGAAUCGAGGUCAUUUCUGGCUAAAUUGGCGGGUUUUCAAACGGUUGCUUUUGUGCCUCUUAAGGCUGGGGUUGUUGAGCUUGGUUCGAUGGAGAUGGUGCCGGAAGAGCAGGGCUUUUUGGAUAUGGUACGGGCGACGUUUGGAGAAUCUAGUUCUGGAUUGGCUAAGGCGGUACCGAAGAUUUUUGGGCGUGAGUUGAGCUUAGGGGGGGAUGCGAAAUCUCAGUCGAUUACUAUUAGUUUCUCCCCGAAGGUGGAAGAUGAUUCUGGUUUCACUUCUGACUCUUAUGAAGUGCAGGCGCUUGGGCCGAAUCAUGCUUAUGGUAAUUCUUCGAAUGGUGGUGUGGGAGAGAUUAACGAGGCAAAAAUGUACCCUCAGUUAGGUCAAAUGGUUCCUGGGAAUUUCACUUCUCAAGCAAGAGUUUCUUCUAUAGAUUUGGUUAAUGAAGAGUCAUCCUCGCCUCUUGGAGACGAGCGGAAGCCUAGAAAAAGAGGGAGAAAGCCUGCCAAUGGGCGAGAGGAACCGCUGAAUCAUGUUGAAGCGGAGAGGCAAAGACGGGAGAAGCUUAACCAGAGAUUUUACGCCUUGAGAGCUGUUGUUCCUAACAUUUCUAAAAUGGACAAGGCUUCUCUACUUGGUGAUGCUAUCACCCAUAUCACUGAUCUCCAGAAGAAGAUCAAGCUUUUGGAAACUGAGAAAAACAUGGCUAAGGGCUCACAGUUGCCACUGCAAGAUAUCGAUUUUCAGGCUAGACAGGACGAUGCAGUUGUGAGAGUGAGUUGCCCCUUGGAUAUUCACCCGGUUUCUGGAAUCGUUAAAGUGUUGAGAGAACAUCAAAUUGCAGCUCAAGAGGCAAAUGUUUCAACUGCACAGGAUAAGGUAAUUCAUACUUUCUCCAUCAGAACUCAAGGAGGGGAAGCAGCUGCGAUACAGUUGAAAGAAAAGCUUGAAGCAUCUUUAUCCAAAAGUUAGUGAUGAAAGUAUAGUUAUUAUGUAGUGUAUAUCUCAAUGCAAACUAUGUAUGUACUCUUCUUAUGCUAGCUGACAUUACAUGCAAGAAAUUCUUGGAAACUUGUAGUGUAUUAUAUUCUAAAUAGUAAGAUAUGGAGCUAGAAAUCUUUUUGAACUUCCCAAAAUGAUUAAUCUGUCAUUGAUUGUCUCCGAGCAAAUGCUUAACUUGAACAUGAACUUAUGAAA